AAUGGCGGCAGAAGCAUCGACACAGGUACAAAAUCUUAACGAUUCCGGAGAAACUUGAGAAAUGUGCUUGCUUAUAUGAUUCGCAGAAGAGCGGAGAAGCAUUUUCUUUCUUGAUGUGAUGCCUUGAAGGCUUAAAAAAACACGCUUCUCGCAUUUUAAACAGAGUUGGCUCCGUUUGAGGAAGCGCUGGUGAAAUUAGUGAGUUGGCGUCAGCAGCAAGUGCACUUGGCGAGCAAGUGCGAGUCGACGCGGUGCUUGUGUUUUCACCGGCCGCAUUCCUCCCCGUCUUUGAGUGAAUUUAUGCGACAACAAAUGAGCUGACUUCGGUGCUGUUUGCCUGCUUUGAGCUCCGGGGAGGAAGCUGGGAGGUGAUGGUGGUGCAGCACUAGUCACAGCAUCAUCAUGGACCACUCCGGCCAUCGCCUACCUGUCACCCACCUGUAGCUUUAACCCGCGGCAUGGCGAACACGGCUCACGGCACGCAGGACCGGAGGGAGAGCCACUGUGGUGUGUCUGGAGGAACCAUAGUGGAGAAUGGCUCUGUGUUCAAAGACCCAACCAACCAUCACUGCCAUGAGGCUAGCACAGCUGCACACAGUGAAGCCGUCCUGCCCAGCUACAAGCCAUCCUGCUCCUCCACUACUGUCUGUUAUAGCAGCCCACAGAAGAGUUACUCAGACCUGGACCCAGACAGCCACAGCUUGACUUCUCAGGACUCAGGUAUCCCCACUCUUGAGAUCAAUCCUCCAGAGCCCUUCCUUCACAGUCCCCAAAGGCAAGGUGACGGAGGCCUCGUGUUGGACUCGAGUCAUGACUCUCCUGCAACAUUACCUCUGGAUGAUGAUCCCUCUGAUGGCGCCAUCGUACGUAAAUCUUCCACUUUUCCCCGCAGUGGCUAUGACAACAUCCGCCUCUUUAGUCCGACCCUCAGAUUGUCAACCACGGUGGGAGCUGGUGUUAGGGGCGGAGCAUUAAACCGCAGCGAUGACAUCUCUGUGUGCAGCGUGUCCAGCAUGAGCACAGAACUGUCCGUCUCCAACGAAGACAUCCUGGAUUUCACAGUUACUUCCGACUCCAGCGCAAUCGUCACUUUGGAGACAGCCGACAUUGGUACUGACCACUUCUCAGAUGUGGUGCUGUCAUCCUCAGCGGGAAAUUCCAGAGACUUAUGGAGUGCAGAGGUCAUGCAGAAAGAAGAGGAUGGGAGGCAGAAAAAACUGGGACCACUAGCAAGUUUAUUCACAAGGAGCCUGUUUGCCAGGAGAGUGAAAGACAAUCAGCCGGUGGAGCAAAAGGAUCCUGGCUGGAAGCUGUUUGGGAAAGUUCCACCUCGGGAAAGCCCCAUCAAAGACCCUAAGAAAAUACAAAAGGAAUAUGAAACGAAGAGUGGCAGAGCUGGAUCUGGCAACCCGACAUCUCCCAGGCAGAGCGUGAGGAAAAACCUGGAUUUCGAGCCCCUCUCCACCACUGCACUCAUACUAGAAGACAGACCUGCUAACCUGCCUGCCAAGCCAGCUGAGGAGGCACAGAAACACAGGCAGCAGUAUGAAGAGAUGGUGGCCCAGGCUAAGAAGAGGGAGUUAAAAGAAGCUCAGAAGAGGAAGAAGCAGCUAGAGGAUCGAUGCAAGCUUGAGGAGAGCAUCGGCACAGCAGCUCAGACCUGGAAUCAAGAGAUCCUACCUAACUGGAGUACAGUGUGUACAUCUCGACGCGUGAGGGACCUCUGGUGGCAGGGCAUCCCCCCCAGUGUCAGAGGGAGGGUGUGGAGCCUGGCUGUGGGCAACGAGCUCAACAUAACACAUGAGCUGUAUAACAUCUGCCUGUCACGGGCUAAAGAGAAGUGGACCACAGCAGCACCCUUCUCAGAGACUGAAAGUGAAGAUGCUGGUUCUUCAGACAGGGAGUCGAGUCUGGAGCUGAUCAAGCUGGACAUCUCGAGAACUUUUCCACAACUGUGCAUCUUCCAGAAGGGUGGGCCCUAUCACGAUGUGCUGCACAGCAUUCUCGGAGCCUACACUUGUUACAGGCCUGACGUUGGCUAUGUGCAGGGGAUGUCAUUCAUCGCUGCUGUACUCAUCCUGAACCUGGACACAGCCGAUGCCUUCAUAGCUUUUGCCAACCUGCUCAACAAGCCGUGUCAGAUGGCCUUUUUCAGAGUCGACCACAGCCUUAUGUUGACGUACUUUGCGGCAUUUGAAGUGUUCUUUGAAGAAAAUCUACCAAAGCUCUUUGCACAUUUCAAGAAAAACAACUUGACCCCUGAUAUUUAUUUAAUAGACUGGAUCUUCACUCUGUAUAGCAAGUCGCUGCCACUGGACCUGGCGUGCCGGGUGUGGGACGUGUUCUGCAGAGAUGGUGAGGAGUUCCUGUUCCGCACGGCACUGGGAUUGCUUCGUCUCUACCAGGACGUCUUGACCAGCAUGGACUUCAUCCACAUGGCUCAGUUCCUCACUCGCCUGCCUGACCUCAUCCCUGCCGAGCAGCUCUUCCAACACAUUGCUGCUAUUCAUAUGAGCAGCCGCAACAGGAAGUGGGCACAGGUCUUACAGGCACUGACGGAGCAGAAGAGAUCAGGCGUGAGGCUGCCUGGUGCUGAAGUGUUGAGCUGAGAUAGGAAGAAAACAGUCUCACUCAACCAGGCCCCCGUCCUGCCUUUGGAAAAGUCUAGACUCUUGCCUGACUUGAUGGACCAAAGAGAUCUUCCAUCAGGUUUGGGGACGUGACAGGUUGAAGCUGCUGUGAUAAAGCUCUUCUCCAGAGGUGUGCCACUGCUCUGAACCAGGACACUGGAGGGGGGGGGGUCUCAGUGACUGAGCAGGGGGUGUGAAAAAAGGAAUAUGAGGCCUUAUUAACUUCCAGCACCCCUCCUCUGCUCAGAGGCCCAAUAGCAAACUGGAAACAUGUAGCCGGGAAAGGCUGAAGAAUGUAAAACGCACUCCCACAUAUAUGAUCCUACCAGACUGACUCAGUUCUCCACAGACGAGAGGAAACCACAGAGAUACCAGUUACUACUUCAAGUUCUUCACUUGGUUUUUGAGUCUGUGCUGUCAGCACUUAGUCCCACUCAUCUGUUCUUUUGGUUUUGUCAAAUUUAGCUUAAAUGUGGCCACAGUAAUGUCCAGAAGUUGCACCCUCAUAGUCAGAUCUGUUAAUGACACUGUUCAAAAAUGUUGUGGAGCCUAGGCAGUCUCUGUGUGUCUCUGUCUCUUUGUAACAGCACCUUUCCCCCCCCCCCCACUCACUUUACUUUUACUCACAUUCCUUUGUGUCCUUUUGAUCGCAGUUUACUUUCAUUAGCCUCUCACCUCGUCACUUUAGCUGUUCCAUGAAGACAACUCUUCUAAAAUGGGGAGAGUUUUGAAGGUUAAAAUCUAUGAAGUAUAACAUAAAUGCUCGUGAGAGAACCUGUGGUGUGACACGCUACAUUUAAUCAAACAUUUUAAUUCUUUAAGAGGUCAUAAGCUGCCUGUGGGAAGUGUUUUUAUUAGCAUAUUUAUAUUAGUGAGACUGGAGUAAAUAAUACAUGGAUUCCCCCUGCACUUAAUAUGUUUGUGGUACAUUUUAGCUGGUUGGUGUUUUAAUUUCUGUCGUCUUGGUGUGAAUGUGAAGGCUUUUGUACAUUUAUUUAAUAUUUAACAAAAGUAAGGAUUUGGUUCAGUCAGAUGAAGGGUUGUUUCUGAGCUUCUGUCUGCACAUUUUCGCUGCAUAUUUCAGCUCUUUUUAAACACGUACUAGAUCAUGCAAGUGGCAUUGUGUGCACUUGGCUGCAUAAGGUGUGUGAACGUGAAAGGUGAAAAAUCAUCUCCACUAGAGGGCAGAUUACAGGCCAGUAAGAUGAUCUCUUACCUGACGACAACAACAAAGGUGAUACACUCUUAACAGGUCUGAACUUUCCACUGUAAUUUUUAUUUGGUGCUGCUGCUAGCGACUUUACAUCCGAUUCUGAUAUACUGCCCCUGCUGGCAGUGGGUGUGAUUGCAUGUUUUUGAGGGAUGCUCAGGAGCAGAGCACUUCAGAGUCUAGACACUGAGUUCUCAGUGGGGUACUAGUCCAGUUUUAAAAAACGUACACGAGGCAAAUUGUGUAGCGCUCGUAUGCUGUUUCUAGUUGCCUUAUCCUCAGACAACAGUGAUUAGAUCUCUUUAAAGUUGUGGAGGUGGAGAUUGUGUUGGUGUGGGCACAAGACUCCUGUGUAUUCAGUGUGCUCUGAGCAUCACAGCAGAUUAUAGCAGAGCUGACAGUCUCAUGCUGGCAGACAGUUCAAUGCUACACAGCCUGCAUAACGCAGUUAGUCCCAGCCGCAUUAUAUUUGCAUCAGUUUGAAACAGAGUUGUCUGUGCACAGUUCACCUGGUCCAAACUGGAGCAAUCCAAAAAUAGUAGCCACACUUGCCCCACUGAAGCUGACGUUCAUAUGUGUAUCAUGUCUGUGUGUUUAGGCUGCAGUUUAAGGAUUUGUUGCUUUUUUUUUUUUGUUGCAUGUGACAUGAAAUUGAAUGUGGUUGGUGGCUUUAAAUUGUUUGUUUUAUAACGCCUUUACUAGGGUAGGCGAUCUGACUACUUGACAAUAUUCAGUUACACAAAUUAGUCAAUGAGCAUGCUGAUUGCUGGAUGUUGGAGCUCCACGCAGCCUGUCACAGAUUCGGCUGAUUUUGUGUAUGUAGAACACAGCUGCAUGUGUGGGGCCACUUUAUGUGCUAGUUCAUUUGUCAGAUUAAUGUGGCUGCUUUGAGCUGAGGUUGUCACUGAGUGCUGAGGCCUUCACACUGCAUUCACACUGUGGUUAUUGUGCCACUCAUCCUCACCAGUAGUGGGCGGGACCAGCACUGGUUUGAUCGGAUAAACACGGAGUAUUUCUUGAUGAUCAGUGAUCUUUUUUUUUGUGAGGAUCAUGGCUUUCAAAGCUCAGUUUGCACACACUUCAUGAGAUGUAUGAGGAGAUGUCCUGUUAUUGCUUGUGAAGCUGCUUCAUGUGUUGUGUUAUGCUAGUGAUUUUGUGUGUGAUGGAGUUUCCUUCUGUCAUUCCUGUAAUAUUGGUGAACCCUCAACUGAGGCUGAGCUUCCUUAAAUCCCGGGACCACAGCUGAAUUCCGACCAUUCUCGACGGGCUUCGACAACAGGAAGACACCUUUCAUUUGAAAUUCAUCGUCGUCAUCAUGGCUGCUAAAAUACAGUCUGCUGCGUUUUUGAGUCAGCACCGUGCAACACGAUGUCUGAUCGCUCUUCUAAAUGCACCACCCCCUCCCUCCCUCGCCUCUCUACCACCACCACCACCACUACCUGCCCCCACUCCUCUACUGUGGUGAAACACCGCAGGCCUGCAGUAAAGCUUUUUGCAAGCCAUACAUGCAAAGCUUUGAGUUGUGCCUCUCACCGUCUCUGUAUCUCAUGGCUUAAACGGGUUGUUGGUUUUCAUGUUAUUUCCCCACCUUUUCUUUUCAGGUAGCUGACUGCAAACUGCAGUGUGUAUGUGUAUGUUUGUUUGUUUAUGUCUUGUAAGUGUAGUUAAGUGGUAUUUUCACCUGCUGGUUACCAGUUAAUCGUUACAUUAAAAGUUGGCCUGGGUGUGAACCGACCCUCACAGCUGUACCUAUCAACACUACCUUUUGAUCCUUUGGUCAAAAGGGACAUUCAAACUAAAUUGGGUUAUAAGAUGUAAUAUACCAUUGCUUGAUAAUCACGUUGAUUUGCUGUAUGUCUUAAAUUGUUUUGCCUUCUAUUCCUUUUUUUCCUCCAAGAGACCUGUGUACUGUAGAGGACUGAUAGACAUACAUGGAGACAGCAGAGGGUCACCAUGCAAUAUUUCUCACUUGAAAUGUAUAAAAAUGAUGGUUUUAUUAUAAUAAAAAGCUGU